AUGAGCUCUCUGGCCCUCAGUCUGAGCUGUUUUUUGGGCUUUAUAACCUGCACCACUCCCCCAGGGGUAUGGUCUCAGAACCCGACGAUCUCUACUGCGUCUUCCUCGUCUUCUGCCGCUGAAGCCACCGGGACUGUUGUUCCUGGUACUACUUCAGCUGUCCACUCGUUGAUUACUUCUACUACCCCGUCUACCUUGAUUUCCGUGGGAUCUACUUCUACCUCUACAACUUCUGGCUCUAUCAGUACAUUCGUUGAGCCCUCAUCCAGUGUGUCUAGCAGCACACUCGACACCAUGUCUCUCACUUCGAGUCUGGCAGUGUCUGUGGCCCCUUCGGCCACACCCAUCACGGCCACCCCCAUCACAGCCGGCUCCAUCGCUGCCAACAUUUUGGUUAUUGCGCGUGACUCGGCCUCGGCUAGUGUGGCCUCGUCAGGCCUCAAUGCCUAUGGCAUCCCAUUUACUACCUUGGUGGUCCCCCAGUCCGGAGCCAGCCUGCCCGCCCUGAACAGCAGCGAGGGGGGUAACUUUGGCGGUAUUGUGGUGGCCAGCGAAGUCAGCUACAACUAUGGCAACACCUCGGGGUACCAGAGUGCCCUGACCACCGACCAGUGGAACCAGCUCUGGGCCUAUCAGCUGGCCUAUGGCGUCCGAAUGGUGCAGUACGACGUGUUUCCGGGACCGAACUUCGGCGCCAGCGCUGCAGGCGACGGAUGCUGUGCGACGGGUGUGGAGCAACUGUUGUCCUUUACCGAUAUCAGCGACUUUCCCACGUCCGGGCUGCGCACCGGGGCUGGGGUCAGCACCUCGGGCCUCUGGCACUAUCCGGCCACCAUCGCCAACACCACCUCGACCAAGGAGAUCGCUCGGUUUGCUGCCGGCUCAACUGGGGGCGAGACCACGGCGGCCGUCAUCAACAACUUCAAUGGCCGGGAGCAGAUGGCUUUCUUCAUUUCCUUUGACACGGUCUGGAGUGCCACUUCCACCUACCUGCAGCACGCUUGGAUCACCUGGUUGACCCGCGGGAUGUAUGCCGGAUAUCGCCGGGUCAACCUCAACACUCAGAUUGAUGAUAUGUUCCUCGAGACGGACAUUUACAAGCCCAACGGUACCACCUUCCGCAUCACUCCCAGCGAUCUGGAUGGUAUCGCGAAAUGGCUGCCCGAGAUCAACGCCAAGAUGAACCCGGGCAGCAGCUACUUUGUCGAGGUCGGCCACAAUGGCAACGGCAACAUUGAGACAGCCGCGUCUAGCGAUGCUGGCUACAUCGAGUGCAACGGCGGCGGCAUCGAGUACGACUCGCCGGCGGACACUCCCCUUGAGUGGAAGAAGCCUCUGGGUACCGGCACCAACCUGUGGCCCGCCAGCCCGACGACCUACAACUGGACCGUGGCCUGCACCGAGCUGGACCCUCUCCGGGUCUGGUGGACCAACACCACCAACCGCGACAAGUUCGGACACAUCUCGCACACCUUCACCCACGAGGAGCAGGACAACGCCACCUACGCGGACGUCUUCAAGGAGAUCUCCUUCAACCAGGCCUGGCUGAAGCAAGUUGAGAUCUCGUCCGCCAAGUACUUCACCUCCAACGGCAUCAUUCCCCCUGCCAUCACGGGUCUGCAUAACGGCGAUGCCCUCCGCGCCUGGUGGGAGAACGGCAUCACCAACUGCGUUGGCGACAACACCCGGCCUGCCCUGCUCAACCAGCAGAACGACAUGUGGCCAUACUGGACCGUCACUUCCACCGAUGGUUUCGACGGCAUGCAGGUGAACCCCCGGUUCGCCACCCGCAUCUACUACAACUGCGACACCCCGGACUGCACAGUGCAGGAGUGGAUCGACACCUCAGCAGGCAGCGGAGACUUUGACACCCUGCUGGCGACGGAGAAGGCCGAAGUGAUGCGUCACCUGCUGGGGCUGCACCAUGACCCCUACAUGUUCCACCAGGCCAACCUGCGCAACGCCGACACCACUCCCCUCACCAUCAACGGAGUGUCGGGACAGUACUCGAUCAUGCAAGCGUGGGUUGAGACCCAGGUGCAGGAGUUUGUGCGGCUGGUCAACUGGCCUCUGGUUACCAUCACGCACCAACAGAUGUCCGACAGCUUCCUCGCCCGGUACACCCGCGACGCGUGCAAAUACUCCCUGUCCCACACCAUCUCCAACCGACAGAUCACGGGGGUCACUGUCUCCGCAACCGGCAACACCUGCAGCGUCCCCAUCCCGGUGACGUUCCCUGUUGCCCCGACCAGCACGCAGGGUUUCACGACCGAGCAACUCGGUAGUGAUCCCUUGACCGUGUGGGUGCAGUUGUCCGGCUCGCCUGUGAGCUUUACCCUGUCGACUCCGAUUGCAUUUCCGUACAUAGUUCACCAACAAAGAAAACACCCGAAAGCAUAA